GGUCAAAGAAGAGGAAUCGGGAACUUUGGACGCAGUCCAAUCCAUGCAAACUGUAACACUGAAUGUUCAAAAAUCCAAAGACAUCUAUGUGCAACGUGGACAAGAACUUGAGCGUUUACGUAAAGAAAGCUCAUCUGCGAAGGAAAUUGAAAAAGCUGAACAAAAACUGAAGAAAGCCCAGGAAGACUACAAAGGUUUUUUGGAUAAGUACAGUGGCAUAAAAGACGAUUUCGAAAAGAAAAUGUCGGUGACUUGUAAGAACUUUCAAGAACUAGAAAUCACUCAUUUAGAACACAUGAAAGAAUUUUUGAAUAAGUAUGCCGAAGUUAUCGAAUGGACACAUGAGCAAAUGGGAAAUGUUCAUUUAGAGUUUAGACAGCAAUGUGUGGAACUCACUGUAGAUCAGCUAUUGGAGCAGUUUGUACAUAGUAAAUCUACUGGGCCAGAAAGACCAGGAGUAUUGGACUUGGAGGACCCUUUGACUUCUCCUACGAUGGAUGUGGAAAGCAAACCGGCAAAGCGCGAAGGUAAUGGCCAUAGUGAGCAAACAGAGCCAACACAUGCCAAAACAUCCCGUCGAACAACCUCUCUCCUAAACCUCUUCAUGUCUAAUUCCCAGGGGUCACGUGAAAGUCGAGCAGGCCCUUGCAGCGCUCCAUCAAGCCCCACUUCUCCUGAAGGAGAACAGCAGUUGACGCGCCAUUCAAAUCGUGGAUCCAAGUGUAAAUUUUCUUUCCUUCUAGAUGUACCUGGGCCAGGAAAUGAUAUAAAAUUCCUUGUUUGACUGAGUAGCCUAGAUACAUUCUGGUGACCCAUCCUAACUUGAUAUAGAGCUGCAGACAUAUAAGUGAAUUCGUUUUCAGUUUCGGGAAUUUCACUUCUGGUAUUUUUGAUACAGAAUAAAUUUGAUUGUUUUACUUAUACGAGUA